AGAAUAUUAGCAAAAUCAUGUCUUUUAAGCGACCGACAGAAAUUUCAUGGGACAGUGAUGAAGAUGAUGAGCUUUUAAGUAUCAACACAAAGUUCAAGGCAGAUGAUGAUGAGGAAUUAGAUGAAGAUGCUUUAUUAGAGUCUGAUGAUGAAUCAUUGCCGAUUCCAUCAAAACCACAGACAUCAGUUACCGAGAAUAAGAAAUCCCUGACCUCAACAAAUAAACCUGUCAAAUCUCUCAACUCAAGUGUUACAAACAAAGUGCCCAAUAAAACAACCAUCAGUAGAAAUGGAGUGCCCAGUGAUAAUGUGUCUACAAAGAAAACAGGAAACACAGGUUCAGGAGCAAAUUCAGCUAAACAAAAGAUAACCCCAAUUGUAUUUAGUGAUCCUGAACCAGAACCAGUGCUUAUCUUGGAGGAUCCAGAGGAAGAUUUUGAAUUUGAUGAUUCUGGAGUGACAGAGGCAAUUCUGGACAGCAGUCAGGGGGAAGAGCCGGAAAAUUUUAAGUUUACUAAACCAUUUGAAGUAAGUUCAAAGUCUGCAGUGCAUACACCACAUGUGGUGGUCAGUCAGAGAGAGGAGGAAGGCAUGGAGGACCAAUCAGAUGUCUCCAAUUUAGAGGUGUCUGUGGACAGAGGUCAGGAAAGCAGUGAAGAAAGCGAGGAAAGUGAUCAUGAGGACGAUAGGCGAGGGCGAUUCAGGACCGAACGUCAGCAGACUGUCAAACUGACCAAUCACAAACUGGGAGGAGAUAUUCCAGAUACUCUAGAAAUAUCCAAAGAACAAGAAGAAGAGAUAGAGCAGUUCAAUAAAUCCCAUAAUAAGUCCCACAGAGGGCGGGGCAGGGGUAGAGGUGGAAUGUCAGGGAGGGGAGGAUAUCCAGGAGGGUCUCAAGGAAGAGGAGGCUUCUCCAAUAGAGGAGGCUUCUCAAACCGAAAUGGUCCCCAGAGGAGGGAUUUGGAUCAGAGAGUUCCACCAACUAAUCAUAAUUUCCAGCAUAACCACUACCCAACCAGUUUUUCACAGGAACUCCCUCCUCCACUGAGCCAGCCUCAGCAGAGCCUCCCUCCUCCUGCUUCAGUUCCCCAGAAGAUUCACAUAAACCCUCAUUUUAAAUGUUAUGCUCCCUCCCAGACAAGGAGAUAUUUUAUUCAAAGUGUUCCCUGGACCUCGCAGUCUAACCCUCAACCAAUAUUCAGCAGACCUCCACACCCACUGCCUCCCCACCAAAUGCAGGAUCCCCCACAUCAUCAUCACUAUGCAGCUCAUCAGCCUCCUCCAAGGCAGAAUGAUCCCUACCCAGCAUUCUCUGGUGGACCACCAUCUCAUGCUCAUCAGGCCCCCCACCAUUACGUGGGACCUCACCACCACCAGGUACCACACGGUGGCCCCCCUCCCUUCCAUGGACAGCAGUACCCGCCAAGGGAGCAGUACCGUCCCUCCGGGCCCCCACCUCAACCACUGAUGGGACAACCCAACCAUCAGUUUCCUGCCCCCCAUCACCCCCCACAACCUCAGGUCAGGGUGGAACCCCAGCAUCCACCACACGUACGGAUGGGACCCCCACCCCAUCAACCUCAAAGUGGACCCCCGCCACAACAUCAACAAUACAAUCCACAACAUUAUCAGGAACAAAGGUUUCCUAACCCACAACAUGCCCCAGAGCCGCACGUCAGACCCGAUUUCCACCCCUCUCACCAGACACAGCAGCCGCCUCCGAGAUUUCAGCCGAGAGUGGCCCCAGGGUACCAGUCCCGACCCCAGAGAUUUCAGUCUCAGGGACAGAGAAUGCCUCAAGGUCCCAAUACUGGACAGAAUAAUGGAGCACCUAGACAACCUGUUAACAAUCCAAAACAAAAUGCUUUAUUGUUGGCACAUGCCAAAAAGCUGAGAGAUCGUGCAAAGAAAUUUUCACAGAAUACUCCUAUAGUAGUCCCCAGUAAACCUAAGAAGAGGCCCUCAACAGAAGUGAUAGUGGAGGGAAGUAUUGAGCCUUCCCCAAUAAAACAAACGAAAGUAGAAACCAAACCAUUGACUCGAGAGGACAAGGAGCUACAAGAAAAGCUAGCACUGCAGGCUGAACAGAGAGAGUAUAUAAGGCGAAAAAAGGAGGCCAAUAGACAGGCACUGGCCCAGAAAAAACGAGAAGAGUUAGCUCAGCGGCUAGCAGGGACAGGUCAGACAUUAGAAGACAUUGAGCAAAGCUCAACUACAAGUGGUCCCGUACAACAACAGGUUCAUAAUAAACCAGUACAGGGCAAUGUGGCUCUUAAAAAGACAAUACAACCUAUACACACCCCACAAGCUGGUCAACAGAUCCAAACAGUGCAGUCAAAUCAAAUCAGAUUUCAGAAUACUCAGGUCUCAAAAACCCCUCAGAGGAAUCCUCAGAAAAAAAUCGUGAACCUUAAUAAAGGUGUUCAUAAACCAGCAAAUGCUCAAAUGACAACCAACAAAACUCUAGCAAGUCCUACAAAGAAACUAAUGAAGAGGAUAGAAACUGUAAAGAAAAAUGCUCAAGGAGAAAUCAUAUCUCGAGAAAUAAAGCUCGUUCCUAUAGAGGAUGAAGGGGUCAUUAGUGAGCAGACUUCGGUCACAAAUCGAGGGCAGGUCCAGGUGGUCAAGAAGAGCACUAUGGUCACCUCUACUGAGGGUCAGCAAGCAGGAAACAGAACUGUGGUCAGCGGGAACAGGUCGGUCAUCACCCCAGGGUCCGGCAACCGGUCUGUCAUCAGGUUAACUCCAGACAGCGGGCAGGGUGAUGAAGGGGACCUCAGAAAUGUGGUCAGUCAGCAGACUAUUGGAAGGAGAAUUGUUGUGAAAUCCACUCCUAAAUCAGUGAUGGUGAAGAAUCUGUCUAUUUCUACAUCAGACUCCAUCAUCAAGAAUCUCUGCACAACAGUGGGUCCAGUAGAGAGCAUAAAAAGAGACCAGAAAGAUGCAGUGGUAACGUUCAUGAAUGCAAAUCACGCAUCACUGUUUGCUGAGAAAUACAACAGGACACUUCUGGACUUGUCAACAAUCCUCGUGUCACUGAUAAAUUACUAUGAUUUGACCUUCAACUUUCUCCCUGGAAAUGAACGAAGAUGGCACGCAGCAAUCACGUCCAAGCGUGCUUCAUACGACGGCAUCCAAUGGAUGCCCCUCCUGACGGAUAGAACUCGACGUCCGCCAUGGAAUCGUCAAGUAACCAUGUUGGACAACGAAAUGUUGGUGGAUAGACAUCCAGGUCACGACCUGUGCAAUCCAUUCGAGGUUUCCUCAUCCUUGGCAAUGCCCAGCAUGCCCAAAGGGGGCGUUCUGGUCAGGAUACAGUGCUUGGGAGCUUGCUCACCAGAAGGGCAGAUAAAGAGAAAGGAUUUACACCCCAUACUGCCAGGCAUUGAAGUGGCUGGAGUAGUACAAGAUGUGUGCCCCUCAAUACCCAACAGAAACUUCAACACAGGGGACAGGGUCAUUCUAUAUCUGGAUGAAGACUUUGCAGAGACUGGUUAUCAGGAGUACAUAGCUGUUGAUGAUACUGAGAAAUGUAUUCAAAUCCCAGACUCCAUACCCCUAGAAGUAGCGGCUAUGUUACCCGGAAGCGCCCUGACAGCGUACAGUGCAGUAAUGAAAGCCAUACCACACAUAGAAAAACUACAGGAGGUUAAAUCUGGAAUCAAUGUCCUUAUUGUUGGUGCUGGUGGCAUAGGACUUUGGGCAGUGCAGCUGGCCAAUUACAUGCUCUCCCAAUUCAGUCAGACCAACAUCAAAUUAUUUGUAUCAGACAACAGUAUUGACAAACUGCUGACAGCACUAGACCACGGCUGUUAUGACGUCAUUCACUGGAAUGAAGAAGAUCACGAGCAAUUUAUCAUAGAGCGAACUCUGGAAGCCUGCAAAGGAGGAGUAGAUGUAGUCAUUGAUUUUGUCAGCUCUCCAAGAACAGUGCACAGAACUCUCAAGGUCCUUAAUAGAGAGGGUUUAAUAUUGGUUGGAGGAAACACAAUGUCAGAAGUUAGCAUCAACUUGAAUGUGUUAGCAGCCAAGCAGCAGAGUAUAGUAGGAAUACCAAAAGGGUCCCUCAAACUUCUGCUGGAAUUGGUUGACCUUGUAGCAGAAAAGAAGGUCAAACCACCCUUGUUUUCAAUUCACAAUGUUGAAGAUGCAAACCAAGUUUUUGAAGACCUUUACCAAAGUCGGAUAACUGGGCGAGCUAUACUCAAGAUCAACCAUUCUCAAACAGUUGACAAUUGAACUGCUAUUUGUAUUGUCAGUGUGCCAAAUCGGUAAAACAAGAAAGCAAGAUGGGAUGAUUAUAUCAUCUGCAUAAAUAUGGCAAUGCUGAUAUGCAAUAUUUGGCCAUGUCCCUGAAUUCAGAGUUUUCUACCAAAUCCUGGAAGACUUGAAUUCCGGAUGCCACAAGUUCAUCCAAUCCAUGAUCUGAAUAAGUAAAUGGUGCUCCGUGUAAAGUGCUUGAUGAUUGGAGAAAUCCGAUGGUCACUUGAUGAUCUGAACAAGAACUAUAGUGCUAUUCCCGCAAUUCUGUGCCCUUAGUGUUCAAUGACGAGUGUUUAUUACUUUGCAAAAAGGACAUGAAUACCAUAGACUCGAUGUACUUUGCUUGAGUAUGUGUGACAUCAUUGACAUCCAUAUAGUACGAUAGCUUGUUAAACAUGUUCUAGGGCAACUUUAGAGUGCUGUUUUGAAAAAAACAGUUCUGACAUUUACUUUAUAAUUGUUGUCCUUUCUCGUUGAGGCAUUAUUUAUUAGUUGCAUCAAAUGUGAUAUUAUAUGUGAUCCAGAAAGUGCUAAGUGGUAGAGUUCUGAAUGUGUAUGUGAAUGGUGUACGUGCGAAAUGAGAAUUGUUUUUGUUACAGCAAAUUACUGAUGUAUGAUUUUUAUACUUAUUAAAAUUCAUGAACCUAAA